AUGGCAUUCAAGUUGAUUGUUUGCUUCGCCAUGGUAGCAUACGUCCAUGCUGGUAUCUUGGCCUCCGGUCCAAUCGCCUACACGGCACAGUCCUACCACGCCGCUCCAGUGGCUUACGCCGCAGCUCCAGUCGCCUACAAAUCCUACGCCGCGGCUCCAGUUGCCUAUAAAUCGUAUGCUGCCACACCUGUAGCAUAUGCUGCGCCUGCCGUUGUCGCCGCUCCAGUUGCCAAGACCGUUAUCACCAAGGCUGUCGACACCGAGUAUGACCCUCACCCACAGUACAGCUACUCCUACGAUGUUCAUGACUCCUUGACCGGUGAUGUCAAGACCCAACACGAGUCUCGUGACGGUGAUGUCGUUCAGGGUAGCUACUCACUCCUUGAUGCUGAUGGCACCAAGCGCACUGUUGAGUACACUGCUGAUCCGGUCAACGGAUUCAACGCAGUCGUUCACAAGGAGCCAGUCGUUAAAGCUGUCGCCACCCCAGUGGUCAAGACCGUAGCCCCAGCAUACGCGACAUAUGCUGCUGCCCCAGCUUUAGUCAAGACCUACGCCGCCGCUCCAGCGCUUGCUUAUAAAGCCGCUCCUCUUGCCUACUCUUCCGCUUACUACCACUAA